AAAAUGAUCAUUUAUCAGAAUUUUCCCCAGAAAAUUUUUUAUGUAAACCAUAUCUCUUCGACCUGUGAAUAUUUUCUGAUUUAAUGUCGGGUGGCGUAUUUUCUGAUGCAAUUACAGGGUUACCCUGGUCUAAUUGAUAUUAAUUCAUGUGAUAAUUAUUCCUUGGCACAUUGGCUGUUUCUGCACGUACCUAUUGCUUGUGAUAUAAUUUUUAAACCAAUUUACCUAUUUUCAAUCAUUGCUGAUCAAAAUAAAAAUAUUCUAUUUUAUAAAUUAUGCAGAAUUUUUUUUUGUUUUUUAUCUUUUAUAUUUGAUUUGACCAUAAUUGUCUUAAGUUUAACGAAAGACAUAACGUGGUUUAUUUUCAGCCAAUCAUUCGUAUCAUCGUAUUAUAUUAUACGGAUUUUUUUUUAAUCUUCAUGUGAUUUUUAAACUGAAAAAAAAAAAAAAAAAUAUUUUUUUUG